GAAACUUUGGCAUGGUUUCUGGCACGUUUUUCGGAUCUCGGCUGCUCCGCCAGUACUUACUGGCAGUAUGUGGACACGGAUUACACUCAAACUAGCGGAUGGUACAAGUAUCCACCCUCGGUGACGCGGUAUGGCGAGCCCAUCAGCAGGGAAGGCGACGUCAACCCAAAGGCUUGGGCGGCAUACGAGAAGACCGUGGCCGACGGCAGCUACUGGGGUGGCCUGGUCUGUGGGGCCGGGGGCGGCCAGAACAACGUCCUGUCGAAGCUCUCCUCCAUCUCCUCC